UUACUAGAAGUCUAGAACACUAUAAAAUUAAAAUUAUUAGGAGGAUUACAAAAAAAAAAAAAAAGAUUUAAAUAUUUUUCAAACAAAAAACAAAAAACAAAAAUUAAUCUCGUGUAAUUCGUGGUCUUACCCGCCACGCAAUCAACAUUCUAACUUUUCUCUCUCUCUCUAUCUUCUCUCUACAACAUACAGAAAACAUACAGCUACAGUUGCAUUGAAAUUCCUUGAUUCUCUCCCAUUUUUUCCUCCUCAACAUCUUAACAUCUUUCUCUCUCUAAUUAUUGUGAUCGUAAUUCCUAAUUUCGAAUUUCAUGAAUUUAAGGCAACGAUCGUCGUGUUACUUCAAACCCUAGCUCGAAAUUCGCGAUAAUCAGCGAUAAUUUUGGGGGGAAAAAGAUCGAAAGAGGGAGAAAUUUCGAUAAUUAUUGUAGAAAAAUGGAUCCUGAACAAACAUUUAUUAGGGUUCAGGAGAGGUUUUCACAAAUGGUGACUCCUAGAGUUCGAGCUACUCUUGAGUACUUUUAUCUCUUCACCGCUAUUACUUUGUUCGCAAUUCUUGUUGUUAUGCACGCCAAUUAUGUUCAGCAGCCAGGCUGUUCCAGUGAGCUCUCAGGAGUGCAAACAUCAAAUGCGCAACUUAUUUACAUCAAGAUAACUGGUAUUGGCCUGUUAAGACAAAAUGCUUCUGAGCCUAAUUUUGAAGAUAUCUCUUCUGAGCGAACUGCAAUUGAUAAACCCAGAGAACCAGAUUCUUAUGUGGACGAGUUAAACUUGUUCGCUGUUAAAUAUUGGUUCAGCUGGAUUACUUCUGGUACGAGGAGGGGAAAAUCGAACUACAAGUUUUGGAAAAGUUCUGAUGAGUACUUGGAAACACUUUCAGAAACAAGUGGUGAUGGGAAGGGGUCAAAGUUAUCUUCUCAUGAUGUUAAUGUUGAAAGAGAGGAGCCAUAUGAAACUUUUUCCAUGUUCUCAAAACAGUCUGUAAGAGCACUCAUCUUGCAGUUCUUCAGAAAGUGGCACAGACGUCUAUCAUUUAUUUGGAAACAUGGAACGCGUUGUUUGGGAACUCUUUGGAACAUUGCAGGUAUUCACCUGAAUCUUGAUAGUCCAAAGUGGAUCCGUAUUUUGCACCUGGAUAGGCUCAACUUAAUUGCAGUCUUCUCAGUGCAGUGGCUUGAGGAAAAAAUUAAAGCAUUUGAACCAACUUAUCUCUACACUAUGGAAAAGGGAUUCUUCUUGCUUCCUGAAGAAGCUAAGGCUCGCCAUAACAUUCGGACAGCUAAUAUUAGCAUAUCAGCACGGCACCCUUGCUUUGGUAACAGGUGGCAAGAAAUUCUCAUAAAUAGAGUUGUGGGAUAUGACACUAUUCUGAUGAAUAGUUUGCUUGAUUCUCCUGGACAAGGUUACCUAUAUAACUAUCAGACAAGAGAGUUUUACAACCUCAGUUAUGCCCAUGAACCAUCAAAAACUUCUGCUACAUUUGGAGAUUAUUUGGUGACUAAGUGCGGAGUGCUUAUGAUGUCACUUUUUGUUUUCUUUACGACGACGAUGUCAGUUUCAUUUACAUUGAGAGAGACCCAAACUCGAAUGCUCAAAUUUACAGUGCAGCUUCAACACCAUGCUCGACAUCGACUUCCAACAUUCCAGCUAAUAUUUGUUCAUGUCAUUGAAUCGCUCGUCUUUGUGCCUAUCAUGAUAGGCAUCCUGUUUUUUCUGUUCGAAUUUUAUGAUGAUCAACUGCUGGCUUUUAUGGUGCUGAUACUGGUCUGGCUAUGUGAGCUUUUUACCCUUAUCAGUGUUCGUACUCCAAUAUCAAUGAAGUUCUUUCCACGCUUCUUCUUACUCUAUUUCCUGGUGUUCCACAUCUACUUCUUUUCGUAUGCUUAUGGUUUUUCAUACCUGGCCUUAUCUACUACUGCAGCAUUUAUGCUGCAUCUUAUCCUGUAUUUCUGGAACAGAUUCGAGGUCCCUGCUUUACAAAGGUUUUUGCAAAAUCGCCGUUCACAUAUGCAGCAUCACCCGGAUUUCCACAUAACCUCCUCUACGAUACUUGCUUCUACAUUGCACAUCACCCGGUUGAAUACAAGGAAUCCUGACCCAGUCAGAAUGGAGGACGCUUCAGGUCCUAGGGUCUCUCUGCUCAGGCCUAGUGGUGAUGUUCCAAUACCUGCUAAUGUGCAGGCAGAGGCUCCUGCGCUUCAAGAACAAUCAACAGAUGCAAAUCGGCAAAAUGAAAAUGUGGAUAGCGAACCUCUUCCAAUCCCUGACCAUGACGUUCACCAACCGGAAGCUGGUCAAAACCCGGGAAAUAUGAACUCCUUUAGCUCUUUGUUGCUAUGGAUUCUUGGAGGAGCUUCUUCUGAAAGCCUGAAUUCUUUUUUCUCCAUUUUUAGAGAUAUGAGAGAUCAAGCGCAAUUUUAUACAGAUUCUCCAAGACAGGAAAAUGCUACUACUGAUAAUUCUCAAUAAUGGAGAAGCAGGUGAAGGUAAAUCUGGAAAAAGAUUGAGAGUAUUCUUUAUUUGAGCUUCGGAUUUUUGUAACAAAGUGAUUAUAUCGCGAUAGAUGCCGAAGCAGGAAAUGACGAUUGUUUGUUGGUUGUAAAGGAUAAGAAUGAAAGAGAGAAGCUUUAUAACAAAAUGCUGAGUUCGUGUUUUAAAUGCAUUAAUGGUAAAUGUGUCAAGUGGAGGAUUUUGGCCGUGAGCAGAGGGUUUUUGUAUUGAGGACUCCUCCUCUGUCUCUGGAGCCUUGCUGUAAGUAUUGCUGUAAAAAAAAAUGUUUUAUAUAUGGUUAAAAAAUAAGAGUUAUUAUA